CGAUGAUCGACAAAAUUUUCUUAUAGAAAACGGACUCAAGUUUCCCAAGGUUGCGAAACCAUUUUUUCAGUAUGCGAGUUUUUUGAAGAAAUUGGAUUUUCGAUGGUUGAAUCCAGCAAUUGGAAGGUGGUUGGAGUUAAACGAACAAAGAUCACAUCCACUUUUUAAUAAUAUGGUGUAUCUGGUGGCAAGCGAACUCACGGAUAUGAUCAUUUGUCAAUCCCGAGGAUUAAAUUAUUUGAGGGUUUUCAGGGGACCCGAAAAAUUUGAGAUACCCGAUCUCACAUGUUUCGAUGGUCUUGAGAGGGCCAUCUCCGGACUUCGAACUUUUCAACUGUGUGGUGAAUUCAAAGAGAGAUGUGAGAUGGAGAAGAUGGUGAGUCUGAUGGGAAUAAUAACAAAAAAUUGUCGACUGAUUCAACACCUAUCGAUAGACAUUCCUAGUGACGUACCAAAGAUACAAGAGGAUUUCUUGAAAUUGGUCAAGUCGCAAAAGAAUCUUCGAGCGUUGGGUUGUUUCGCCAAGGACGUCGAAAGUAUCAUCCCAUCGCUUGUCUAUCAGUCCAAUCAUCUGAGGGAGUUGGAAUUGGGCGGUGGAAUGGAAUUUCACAGUAUCUCGGUGUUAAUCCCGUUGACACUGUGCACUCGCCUGGAGAAACUAAAGAUCGUCAACUAUCACGAGAACACAAAGUAUUAUGACACCACUCAACUGGAGCCAACGCACAUCCUUAGCAUCAAAGAAUUAUAUUUGAAAGGAGUCGCGAUCAAUCCAAUAUUUCUGUCCUUCUUAUUAAGGAUGUCACGGAACUCGUUGAAAAAAAUAUCGCUCAAUCAGAUGAAGAACGAGACGCUCAUGUUGAUCAAAAAAUUUUGUCGGGACAUUUCUCACCUGGCCAUUUGCAUAGAUCAAGAAUCCACACUUCACCUUCAGCCACUGUUCGACUCUCGAAUCGAACAUUUGGUAUUACACAACCAGGUACCCAAUCAAUUUCAUAACAUAAUCAUCAAGGAGAUCGGAAAGAAUCUUCCGUUUGCACUACGACAUUUGGAUCUUUUGAUCAGCAUAUCGACCGAGGCAUUGGAGUAUAUAUUGUCAAAAUGUAAAUAUCUAGAAACUCUUGGAGUCUAUUUGAGACAUCCAAGAGACGACGACAAAUUUCUCGCGAUUGCCAUAAAAUACGCCCAGCUUCACGGGACCUUGAACACGUUUAGAUUUACCAGAAAUUAUCCGAGGCAAAGGUUAGCGGCAAAUUUCUCGGAAGAAUUGAUAACACAGGCAAACUUAUUUAUUCCGAAUAUGGUCCAAGAGAGCUUUCGCCCUUGGAAAUAG